AUGGCUGACAUCGACAUCAUGACCAACGAGUCCAUUCUGGACGAAGCUCUUCUUACAACAGAAUCUCCCCUCAUCGACUCAACAGACCUCAUAGUUCUUCUUUCUCUACUCCUCGGAGCAAUCGCCUAUCUCUCGAACGGUAAACUACGAAACAUCUUCUUCCCCAAACCAAUCACAUCAGAAGAAGCAAUAGCCUCAAAAGAAGACAGUCUUCGAAGCAUCUCUCACAUCUGCAACACCACCGGCAAAAACUGCAUCAUCUUCUACGGCUCUCAAACCGGCACCGCAGAGAACUACGCGCAGAAACUAGCGAGAGAAGCUAGUUCUCGCUAUGGUCUCGAUCCCAUGGUCGCUGAUCUUGAGGAGUACGACUACAAUGACCUGUCUGAACUGUCAGAGCAGGUUGUUCUGAUGUUUGUGCUUGCUACGUAUGGGGAGGGUGAGCCUACAGAUAACGCCCAGGACUUUUAUACCUACAUCACUGGCGGUGAAGGUGGGGAACAGCCGGACGUUGAUCUUCAGAACGUCAAGUAUGUUGCCUUCGGUCUUGGGAAUAGCACGUAUGAGCAUUACAACGCUAUGGUGAGACGUGUUUCGAAAGCGUUGGAUGGACUAGGUGCGAAGAAUCUUGCUGGUGUCGGGGAGGCCGAUGAUGCAGCUGGGACUACUGAAGAAGACUUUCUGGCUUGGAAGCAGGAUAUGUGGCCGAAGCUUGUUCAAGAGUUUGGUCUUCAGGAGAGAGAUGUUGCGUACGAGUCGACAUUUGGUGUUCUGGAGAGAGAUGAUCUGGAUGCUAGCUCACCUGGUGUUUUCCUUGGUGAAGCAAAUGCGGAUCAUCUUGAUGCCAGCUCAGCAAACCGUCAGUUCAGCAACACGAAUCCCUACAUCGCCAGCAUCAUCGAGUCUCGCGAGGUGUUCACUUCCAAGGAUAGGAAUUGUAUCCACCUGGAGAUCGAUCUCGGUGACUCAAGUCUAUCCUAUGAGACGGGUGAUCACGUCGCCAUCUGGCCUACCAACUCCGAAGAACAAGUCACCCAACUUCUCAGCAUUCUUGGGUUGAGUGAGAAGAAGGAUACGGUUAUUUCUAUCGUUAGUCGGGAGGCGACAGCAAAGUCCCCCGUUCCUACACCGACGACAUAUGCUACUGCGCUGCGAUAUUACCUUGAGAUCGCUGGACCUGUGUCUCGAGAGUUCAUCAACGUCAUUGCCGCGUUUGCACCUACCGACUCUGCAAAGACGGAAGCGACCAAGCUUGGUGGUGACAAGAUGUACUUUAACGAAAAGAUCAGCCAGAAAUGUCUUUCACUUGCUCAAGCUUUGAAUAUGCUCAGCGGGGGUCAAACGUGGACUAAGCUGCCCUUCUCAGCUAUCAUCGAAGGGCUCAGCAAGCUCCAACCCCGAUACUACUCCAUCUCCUCAUCGUCCCUCGUCCAGCCCUUCAAAGUUUCCAUCACCGCCGCUAUUGAAUCAGCCGAGAUUCAAGGCCGACCUGAUGUCUUCAAGGGCGUUGCUACAAACUACCUUCUCUCUCUCAAACAGGCCCAGAAUCAAGAGUCUCAAUCACAAGAGUAUCGACUAAAUGGUCCACGGGAGAAGUACGUUGGCUUCAAAGCACCCAUUCAUCUUCGCAAAUCCAACUUCAAACUCCCCAAGGAUUCAUCUCGACCUGUCAUCAUGAUCGGUCCAGGAACUGGUGUUGCUCCAUUCAGAGGUUUCGUGCAGGAGCGAGCUGCUUUGAAGAAGCAGGGUAAGAAUGUUGGAAAGACUUUGUUGUUUUAUGGAUGUAGACGACGCGGUGAAGAUUACCUCUACGAGUCAGAGUGGCGGGAACAUAAAAACACCCUCGGUGAAAACUUCGAUAUCCAGGUUGCAUUCUCCAGAGAAACGAAGCAAAAGGUUUACGUGCAGCACCUCCUCAAAACUCACGCCAAAGAGGUGAUGAACAUGAUUGAUGACGGAGCGAUUGUCUACGUUUGCGGCGAUGCAAAGCAUAUGGCUAGGGAUGUGAACUCGACACUCAUCUCAAUCUGGGCCGAGCAGCGUAAUAUCUCCGUUGAGAGCGCAACAGAGAAGGUGAAGGGUCUAAGGGAUACUGCGCGAUAUCAGACAUAA